AUGAGUCUUGCGCCUUCCUCUUUUCAAACAUCCAAAGCACAGGUUACCAUCUCCUACAAGAUCAACGGCGACAAGAAUGUAAUUCGUCAUAAAAACGAGCUUGUACAACCAGACAGACCAUUUAUCAACCAAAACAUCCAAGUGAGCGCCAAGGUGAUGCGUCAUUCUGAUGGAAAGGGUGGCUACUUGCUCUCUUAUCAUGUCAAGGCCUUUAAACCCAUCGAGCUAGUCAAAUUCGAGGCCACUUACAUGGCUGAUCUGAAGGAUCAACGCAUGAUGGCAAAUGGUUUCCAGAGUUGGAGUCAAGCCCGUGAAUUCACCAAGAACGAAAAGAUUCCUGCUAUCCGCACUGGUAUUGCAUGGUAUACACAGCUCAACCUUCAGGGUGAUUACGAUAUCUUUCAACACACUGGCGAGAAGGGUCUGAUUCAUUCCAGCAGUUACACUCACUUUCGCGAUGUGAACAAUGUGCUUUCCUUUUUCGGAUCUGUUUCCGAGCAUUUAGGUUAUACUUACUUUAAGGGAGACUUCAACAACAACACGCUUAGCAUCUACAAGGAUGUAUUAGGAAAGAAGAUGGAUCAGAACGAGGAGAUCGAGUUUGUGCGUGUCUUUAUCGCUCAGGGAUUGGAUGCGGAAGCGCCUAUUUGGGACAGUUAUGCCGAAUUUUACGAGGAUCGCAGAGCCAUCAAGAACAACGAAGAUGACAAACGCCAUGUCAACGGCUGGACUUCUUGGUACAACUAUUACGGUGAUGUCAGUGAAUCCAUCAUUAACGAGAAUGUCGAAGCACUGCAAAAACACAAGUAUCCCAUCAACAUCUUCCAGAUCGAUGAUGGCUUCCAGACGGCCAUUGGUGAUUGGCUGUCCAUCAACAACAAGUUUCCUAAUGGCAUGAAGGCUGUUGCUGACAAGAUCAAGGACGCUGGAUUCAAGGCGGGUCUCUGGCUGGCACCUUACGCCGUUGGAUUCACCAGCCGUAUUGUCAAGGAGCAUCCAGAUUGGCUAGUCAUCGAUCCUGAAACCAAGAAGCCAGUGGUUGCAGGUCCUAAUUGGGGUGGAUUUUAUGCAUUGGACAUGUACAAUCGUGAGGCAAGAGAGUAUUUGAAGCAUGUGUUUGAUGUCGUGCUGCAGGAUUGGGGGUUCGAUAUGCUCAAGCUCGAUUUUUGUUUUGCUGCAGCCAUGAUACCUCGCAUGGGCAAAUCCCGUGGUGAAAUCAUGUGGGAGGCUAUGGAUUUGAUUCGUGAUUUGGUGGGCCCUGAAAAGCUUGUGCUUGGCUGUGGUGUUCCUUUGGCCUCUGCGUUUAGAAAGGUAGAUUACUGUCGUAUUGGAUCAGAUGUGGCUCCUUGGUGGGAGGACUCCAAGCUCAAGCUGCUCCAUGUGCGUGAACGUGUAUCUACAGCCAACUCACUAGUGUCAACCUUAACACGUUGGACAAUGUCUGACCGUAUGUUUGGUAACGACCCUGACGUAAUGAUCCUCCGUAACCACAAGAAUAAACUGAGCCCAGAUGAAAGAUACACGCUGUGUGUCCUCAACAAUAUCCUCGGUGCUUUGGUCUUUAGUUCGGACAAUGUCGCUCUGUAUGGUCGUGAUGAACAUUUGCUUUAUUCUGCCACUUUCCCCAAAGUCAUUGCCCAUGUCCACAGCGUGAUUGAGUUUAGACGCAACUGCUUUGUCGUCAAAUUCACUGUCAACGACGCCAAUGGCAAGCCUCGCAUCUACUCUACCUUUGCCAACCUUACAGAAGAAGAGCAAACCAUCUAUUUGCCCGAGUCCUCUAGAGACACGCACCUCUUGUUUGCCACUGACAAUGAUAUGCACAUGAGCCAAGCAGAUGAAACAGAAGCCUUGUUUUACCAUCCCUCUUCUGCCGCCAAACUCAAGGUGCACGAAACCAAGACAUUCAUGCACAUCCCAGAGCCUCGUUCAGACCAAAACGACUUGCUUCUUUUGGGUUCCACUAGCCACAUUGUGCCUGGUGCUGAAUUGGAUCAAUUUAAGAAUGACAAUGGCACGCUUCACAUCACUUUCAAGCCUGAAAACACAAGACAUCACAAGGUGUACCUAGGUUUUGGUACCUAUCUUCAUCAACACCGCAACAACGUGCCUCCUCCUUGCAGACUGGGUGGUAAGCAAUUGGACUAUGAGUGGAUUCCUGUGCACGGUAUUGGAGAAGGCAGACCAAAGAGUGAAGUAUUGGCUUUUAUCAUAGAAGAGAACUAG